AAUUCAAUCAGAUACGAUGGAGAGCGAGAGCAGUGAAGAAGAGAUUGCUACCUCAGGGAUACCAAGAGGAGGCCCAAUCUAUCUUCCCAACAUGGUGGGACAAGUUUCCACUGUGCCCGAGUUUCAAUCUUCGUAUCUCAGUCUCCUCCACGAUUUGGAAACUCAAUUAGCUUCCUCUUCCUCUUCCUCUUCCUCUUCUCACCAAUAUGAUCUCUCAACUGAUGCUCUCAAGAUUUAUACUGACGAGGAACUCACUGAUAUGGCCAUGAAGGAAGCCUUUAAGGAAGAUAACCUUUCUUUACAGCAAGAUGAUGAUACUCUUUCCCUAAAUGAGCCCCAACAAUCUCAGAUCGUUUCUCACCCUGAAAAUCCAUCAGCUGAGAACGAAAGAGAUACGAAAAGAAGGCGUACGGUAAAGACGGCUGCAGUGAAGAAGACAGUUAAGAAGACUGAGGUGAAGAGAACAGUAAAGAAACCUGAGGAACCUUAUAUAGCCAGAGUAGAGCAGCUUGCUAAACUUAAACAAAAGCAGGAUGAGGAUAAAGCACAUGUGAGGCUACACUGCUUCAGCGAAACUUGGGAAGAUGUUGAAGAUGCAAGUACAUCUCUAGAAGGCUUUGAGAACUUGCAAUCUCUAAAGUCCAUUGAUAACUAUACGCUAGUGAAGCCAUCAGACAUCCAGGGGACAGUAGAUACGCUAUUUCCUGAAGUCAUUCUGUGUGUUGAGAUUUAUAACAAUCGCAAAUCCAAGGCCCAAGAAUUUUUGGUUCUGGGACGUCAAAUGUUAACUGAAUUAAAGGACAAGAUACACUGUGUUACAGACCAGGUGAUGGAAAAGGCUGGAAAGUAUGAUCCUUCUGGAUACUUCCUCAUUGAAGAUAUCUUUCACAACGAUUUAAGGAACCGCUCGGCGACAGAUUACAGCAAACCUAUACUAAACUGGCUAUGGAACUCUAAAGAUGAAGCACUUAAAAAAUGGGAAGGCAUUAUAACAGGAGAACUACAACAAAAGCAGAGAACGGCUCUAGGUGUAACGAAAGCCAUGGAUUUGCCUCGUUUUGGAUCUGCAGAGAUGCAGAGUACACGUUUUUGUGAUUUAAGAUUCAGACUCGGAGCUAGUUAUCUUUACUGUCAUCAGGGAGAUUGCAAGCACAUGAUAGUGAUAAGGGACAUGAGGCUGAGUCAUCCAGAGGAUGUUCAGAACCGAGCUGCUUACCCGAGAUUGAUAUAUCAGUUGAAAACGAGGGCUCAGAAAUGCAGCGUUUGCAAGAUAUACAGAGCUUCAAAGGUUGUGUUGGAUGACAAGUGGGGAAAUGAGAAUCAAUGCUAUUACUGUGAUAUUUGUUUUGGCCAUCUUCACAACGAGGGUGGUCCUCUGUAUUGUGACGUCCCAGUCUUUGAUUAUGUGUAUGAGUAGAGAUUUGUAUCGUUACAGAAUCAUUAGAAGAUUGAAAGAAAGAAUAUAGUUGUCCA